AGCAGGAAAGACGAGGAGUCCAAGGUAUUAGAGACUGAGCAGCAAGGAAGAAUAAGAGUGCUCCACCAGGACGAGAGUGCUGAAGAUGUGUAUGUGUGCGCUGACAUCCUAGGUGGCGUGCCCCCCACUGCCCACCAGCACAGACAGGGGUACAGAACAAAGAGCCUCAGCACACACAGAAGAACAGGAGACCAGCAAAGAGGUGACAGGGACUUUGUGACAGGCAGCGACCGAACGCAAAGAGGAGGAAGGACUCAGCAAAGACAACUAGCGCACAUCCACACAUGAAGAUACAUUGAUGUCUACUUCCAAGUCCAGUGCCACACACCCACACAAUGAGAAAUACAUGGCGGAGAGGAGAAGAUAGUUCUCCCCACAUUGAGAAUUAACCAGAUUUAAGAAGACCCCCUGGACCAGGCCAAGUCCAUCACCUGCUGUCACGUCACCUGUCCUAGACUGGGACUGGAACUUCCUAAGCUUGCUAUCACCUUGGCUGGGACUGAGUCAAAGUGUCUGCCUAGCAGUGUGUAAGUGCUCAGCUCAUUGACUAAAAAAAGGGUACCUUGCCACCCCGUGACUAUUUCAAGGAAUUCUCCUGAAGUCCCCCUUUGGCGGACCUAUUGGGGGGAAGUAAUAUUUCUUGGUAGUCUGUUACAGCCCAGAACAGUCCUGCUUCCUGCAGCUUUUCCGCCAGCCAUGGCGUUUACCUUUGCAGCCUUCUGUUACAUGCUGACUCUGGUCCUCUGUGCUUCUCUCAUCUUUUUCAUCAUCUGGCAUAUUAUCGCCUUUGAUGAACUUCGAACAGAUUUUAAGAAUCCUAUUGAACAGGGGAAUCCGUCGCGAGCAAGAGAAAGGGUUAAGAACGUGGAGCGGAUUUGCUGCUUGCUCAGAAAGCUCGUAGUACCAGAAUACUGCAUUCAUGGCCUCUUCUGUCUCAUGUUUAUGUGUGCUGCUGAAUGGGUUACUCUGGGUCUUAACAUACCGCUGCUGUUUUACCACCUCUGGAGGUAUUUCCACCGACCUGCUGAUGGUUCAGAAGUUAUGUUUGAUCCAGUGUCCAUAAUGAAUGUGGACAUUUUGAAUUAUUGCCAGAAGGAGGCUUGGUGUAAACUGGCAUUCUACUUGCUGUCCUUCUUCUACUACCUGUACAGGGUGGGGGCCACUGUACGUUAUGUCAGCGCGUAGGAUGCUGUGCCUCUUGCUGUAUGAUAUACACACUCGUCACUUUUUGAAUCUUGCCAGUCCGGAUGUGUGAAUUCAGGAGAUAGAAGAUCGAAAAGUAAGAGAGAGUUGGAAAUCUUGGCUGACGAACAAGACCUGAAGGGCAUCCUUCCAGUUUGCCUACUAGAUUAUUUUCUCUACCCCUGUCCAUCUCUCUCUUUCUUGUCGGCCCUUCCCAUUCUUUUUUUAAUUUUUUUUUCUAUUUUUUUUUCUCAUUUUUGUCACUUCCUAUUUUAGACUGCUGCUGGCUUACAGCUCUUAUUUGUCUGUUUGAAGUCUGUGACUUUAUUUCUCCAGAUACUGUGUGACGUUUAUUGUCAAUAAAGGAUAUAUCUAUAUAUAAAUAAAA